GAAAACAGCUUCUCUACUUUCAUCAUCAAUAUUCAAACAAAACCCAUCUCCUCAAUUUGUACACUAAAAGAAAACACAAACACAAACACACAAAAGAAAGAAAAAAAGAAGGGGUCUUUUCUCUUCAAUACUAUCUUCUUCUUCUUGAGAUAAAAAUAGUUAAUGUUUUUGUUUUUUUUGGAGUGAUUGUUUCUUUUGAUGUCUAUGUCCUUAGAGCAUGAUUACAUAGGCUUAACAUCAGAGGUUCCUUCAAUGGAAACAAAAAACUCUGAUGAUAAAAACUUCUCUAAUAAUGGUCUUAACAUGAAAGCUACUGAGUUGAGACUUGGCUUACCUGGCUCUGAAUCACCAGAAAGAGAGAAUGGCUUAAAUAAUAAUAGUAACAAGAGCUUUAUGUCAUCAGGUGCUAAAAGGGGUUUCUCUGUUGCAAUUCAUGGUGGUUCUGGUAACUGGGUUUUCUCUGCUACUGAUGGAUCUGAGCCUGGUUUCUCUCCUAGAGCUGCUAAUGCUGGUAAGGUGAUUACUGCUUCAGAUUCGGGUCAUGUCAAAGAUGGGUUGCCCCAGUCUCCAAAGACGGUACGGCAGGAGAAGAAGAAUCAAGUUGCUCCUGCUUCCAAGGCACAAGUUGUGGGAUGGCCACCAAUUCGUUCAUUCCGAAAGAAUACUAUGGGUUCUCAACCUCCAAAGAAUGAUGAUGACGACGCAGAAGCCAAAACGGGUUCAGGAUGCCUGUACAUUAAGGUCAGUAUGGAUGGAGCUCCUUAUCUGAGGAAAGUUGAUCUCAAAACCUACAGCAGCUAUAUGGAACUUUCUUCAGGACUCGAAAAGAUGUUCAGUUGCUUUACAAUUGGUCAAUGUGGUUCUCAUGGAGUUCCCAGCCGAGAUGGACUGAGUGAGAGUCGAUUGAUGGAUCUCCUGCAUGGUUCUGAAUAUGUACUCACCUAUGAAGACAAAGAUGGUGAUUGGAUGCUUGUUGGUGAUGUUCCAUGGAAGAUGUUCACCGACACUUGUAGGAGGCUGAGGAUCAUGAAAAGUUCAGAGGCAAUUGGCCUAGCCCCAAGAGCAAUGGAGAAGUGCAAAAAUCGUAACUAGUGAGAUAAUUGUCACUAGGGAAGAGGCAAACCAUUUCACUGGGCAGAUGGUUCUGUUAUUUGAUUGUUAGAACUUGGAAGCCUAUAUAUAAAUAGGUCUCAAAAUUUGGUAUCUGCUAUUUCUAGAUAUUGUAUUAGGACUUGGUUGUACUAAGAAACUCUCUAGUAGGUAAUAUGGAAAAAUAUUAUGAAUUCAUGAACACUGAGGUUUUAUAGCGCUUGUGUCCUCUCCCAUGCCUCUCAUGUAAUCUAAUUUCUGGAUGCUAAGGCUACAAAUUUGUAUGAAUACUUGCUUGUUUGCUCUC